UCUGGUCUGGUCUUGUCACUUUCUAUAUUCCCCGGAGAGUCAUUUAGACAGAUGGAGAUGACAAGGAAUACUGGCGAUCAGAUAAGCCUAGGAAGGCGUCGCUUGUGCAUGAUAGAAGAAGAAAGGAGAGACGGGGAGACUGGUAAGUGUAUUAAAAGACGACGAAGAGACCCUUCUACAUAUUCAUUAAGUUGCAAUAUUAAUGAUCAACAAAGUGACCAGCAGCAGCAGCAACAGUCACUUGGUGAUCGGACUGCAGCUGUUGCCACUACUGUCAAGAGAAGUUCAAGAUUUCGGGGAGUUAGCAGGCACCGUUGGACCGGACGAUUUGAAGCUCAUUUAUGGGAUAAAGGAACUUGGAAUCCAACACAGAGAAAGAAGGGUAAACAAGUUUAUCUUGGAGCUUAUGAUGAAGAAGAAUCCGCUGCAAGAGCUUAUGAUUUAGCUGCUCUCAAGUACUGGGGAACGUCAACUUUCACAAAUUUCCCAGAGUCUGACUACGAGAAAGAGAUUGAAAUAAUGAAAACGGUAACCAAAGAAGAAUAUCUAGCCUCCUUGAGAAGGAGAAGCAGCGGGUUUUCAAGAGGUGUAUCCAAAUACAGAGGAGUUGCUAGGCACCAUCACAAUGGGAGAUGGGAAGCAAGGAUAGGGAGAGUGUUUGGAAACAAGUAUCUUUAUCUUGGCACUUACAGUACUCAAGAGGAAGCUGCUCAUGCCUAUGAUAUAGCAGCCAUUGAAUAUAGGGGGAUCAAUGCUGUAACCAAUUUCGAUUUAAGUACAUACAUCAGAUGGCUGAAGCCAGAAGCCAGUCUUCCUGCACCUCAAGAAUCGAAGCCAGCUUCAGGCCCCCCGCCAAUGGCAACCUUCUCCAAUCACCUUCCGAUCGAGAAACCAACCCAGCUAUCCGUUCUCCAGAUGGACCCUUCUUUAAUUGAUAAUUUAAGCACCCCUAAAAACGAGGAUGUUUUUCACAGGAAGACGCUUCCCGCUAGCCCCCUCACCAGGUCAUCCUCCUCGACUGCCCUUAGCCUCCUCUUUAAAUCUUCAAUAUUCAAAGAGCUUGUGGAGAAGAACUUGAAUACCACCUGCGAAGAAACUGAAGAAAACGAUUCCAAAAACCAGCAUAAUGGCAACAACAAUGCUGGGGAGGCAUUCUAUGAUGGAUUCAGCCCCAUUCCUCACCCAGGCACUUCAAACGAGGAUCGGUUCUUGUGUUCAGAGCAAGGAGAGAGAAAUACAUUGCCACCAUACAAUGAAAUGGAGCCAUCUCUUUGGAAUGGAGCCUUGAGCAUGCCUUCUCGUUUCCAUUAAAUAGAGAUUCCAACUUCCUUCUGCCUCUUCCUUGCAUGAGGCAAUGCAGCUAACUAGUCUGUGAACAAGUACCAUAAAUUGCUCUUACAAAUAAAUGUAGAUACCCUCUCCUCCCUCCAACACUCUUUAAGUAUCUCAUCUAUGAUGAAAAUAUCUCAUCUAUAAUGAAAAUAAUACACUUCCUAUUUUCAUGAUCAAUUAUUGUGAACAUGAAGCCAAAUCUUCUUAAGAACAAGACUACUCUUUUCAUUCUUCAUCCAUGGCACCAAAACACUCUAUUCACAGUUGAGCAAAACUGAAUUAUACAAUUACACAUCCAAGUUUGUAGCCAAGUAAACUAAAUCGAAUCAAUUGUUAGGAAUAAAAAAACUAAGAAGCUGGAGGGCUUAUUUUUAGUAACCAACUGGUGAAAACAGCAAAAAGACUAACCGAGAAAAUCACACAUCCCUGGAAUGCCAAAACACUUAAAUAGAAGAAACACAAAUACAUUCGCACUCUACCUUUCUAAAGAAACACAAUUCUUAUGUUCCAAAAAAUAAAAAAAUCAUCAUAACAAGCCAAUUUUGACUACAAGUGUCGGUUUAAAACCAAAAAAUUUUAUACUUUACAGUACUACGGGUAGUUGCCAUAACACUUGCUACCGUUAAAGAAUACUGAUAAAAUGAAACGUUGUAAUACAAACAGAUUGCAUGUCUUAUUGAAUUUCUAAAGCAGGGCAUCGUGGACAGUCAAAUAGGAACCUGCUGGGGUAAUCUACCAUUAGAAAUCAACCACCAUUUCCGAGAUUGUUCCUCAGUGUGGUUAAAAAUCUCCUUUAUUUGUACAUAAAAA